AUGGAGGAAGAAGUGGCAAGAAAAAAAAUCAGUGUUAUCGGUGCGGGGAACGUCGGCGCAACAGCGGCGUUCCUGAUCGCACAAAAACAACUCGGGGAUGUCGUCAUGAUAGACAUCGUAGACGGCGUUCCGCAAGGCAAGGCACUGGACAUGGCACAAAUGGGUCCCAUAGAACUGUUCGAUGCCGCCGUUGAUGGAGACCUGGAUUACACCGCUACCGCAGGCUCCGAUCUCGUAAUUAUCACAUCAGGUUCCCCACGGAAACCGGGGAUGACGCGCGAAGAUCUGUUGCAAAUAAACGCCAAUAUCGUCGGUAGCGUCACAGAGAACGUCGUGAAAAACUCGCCAGACUGUAUUCUCAUGAUGCUCACCAACCCGCUCGACAUCAUGACCUACCACGCGUGGAAGGUCUCAGGGUUUCCAUCACAUCGCGUCGUCGGACAAGCAGGUGUGUUGGAUUCAGCACGGUUUCGUUAUUUCAUCUCGCUCGAACUCGGCGUGUCUGUAGAAGACAUCCAGGCACUCGUCCUCGGCGGACAUGGCGAUACGAUGGUCCCGCUCCCUCGCUAUACUACCGUCAACGGUAUCCCGAUCCCGCAGCUCAUACCGGAAGAUCGCAUUGAAGCGAUGGCACAACGAACUCGCGACGGCGGUGCUGAAAAUCGUCAACCUCCUUAA